AUGCAUCGCUACAUCCCUCGACGAGACGGAACUCCCCUCUCUGAAAAGAUCCGCAUGAAGCAAAACCCCCUACCGCCGCUAACACCGCCUACCUGCCGCCCCGUCGUCCCCGUCUCCGUCGUUGGACCGUCGGUCUUGUCCCCAACUUCUUCCAAGCGCCCUUCUCCGGCCUCGUCUACUCCCUGUCGACGAAUCAGAACAAAGUUCUUUGGACCGCGGCCGAAGAAAGAGGAGGAACACCAACAACACGAAGAGAGACUGGCUGAAGCCUUGGAAGUAGACAAAGCAGCCAAGAUUCUCGUUUUCGGGGUUCGUCCGGUCCCGGCACCAAGACCAAAUUACCCAGCCCAGGUACUCACAUCUUCCACGGAAUCAAGACAAUUCCAACGCAGCCUGCCAGUGGCACCGUACAAAGUCCUCCAAGCGCCGGGCCUUGAAGAUGACUACUACCGCUCGCCCUUGGCCUACUCUUCUACCUGCCAAUGUUUAGCUGUGGCUUUGGGGAACACUGUCUACCGAUGGUCGGAAUGGCAUGAUCCCCAACCUGUCUACCGUAUUCCUCGCCAGCGACAUACGAGCCUGACAUCUCUGUCAUUUUCCUCAACCGAAGGAAACAAGGCCAUUCUAGCCUUUGCCCGCAAGGACGGUUACUUUGUGACGAAAAGACCAUCACAAAACCCCUUCAUCUCGAGUGCUACAGUGUCAACAGAGGACCUUCUGGUUGGCGAUGGUCGAGGAAACAUCCUGCAUUACAUCGUCGAGUGGCCCAGCUUGUGGGAAGUAUCUCGUGACACGUGGUUUGGCAAAGUGACGCCCGUUGCCAAGAUUUCAGCGCACACCUCGCAGAUAUGUGCGCUGGUCUGGUCUCCCGACGGCCAAGACUUCAUUUCCGGGAGCAACGACAACACGGCCUGCUACUUCGAGAUAAAACGGAUGGAAAGACAACGCAGGCACCACAACUCAUCUACGACUUUCAUCCGCAAAGGCCGCCGGUCAAAGAAUGAUUGGAGCCUUUCAGGAAGUGAUUGCUCACAGCCAAAGCAGUAUGAAGCGAGCCACAAUGGAUGGAUCUCAGGCGCGGAAACGUUGCUUGACGUCGCUCCGAUAAGCACAACCAUCGAGGCCAGUGUAGUUGGAGGCAUCCCUCGAACGAUACAAGCGCCCACAGAAGACCUGCGGGUGUUCAAGCGAGGCAUGGAAACACACUGUUGGCGGCAUGAAGCUGCAAUCAAGGCAAUCGCAUUCUGUCCCUGGCAGAACGGGCUCGUUGCCACUGGCGGCGGCUUGGGAGACAAGUGCAUCCACUUCUUUCACACGACGUCUAGCACACCACUGGCCACCAUCGAUGUCGGUGCGCAAGUCACCUCGUUGAUCUGGUCUACGACACGGCGGGAAAUAGCAGCAACGUUUGGCUACAGUCAUGGCUAUGCGCAAACCGAGCAUCCAUAUCGCCUUAUUAUCUUCAGCUGGCCGUCUUGUCGGCAGGUUGGGGCUAUUGCUUGGGUGGGUGGCCCGCGGGCCUUGUACGCCAUUCCGUACCCAGGAGGACCAUCAGAUGCGCGCAAAGGAAGCCGUACGGCAAAAGAAGGAACUAUUGUCGUGGCAUCAAGUGAUGAGACUCUCAAGUUUCAUGAAGUCUGGCAGGACAAGCCAAAAUCGACUACCGGAGGCGCGGUUGGCAUAUUGGGCGGUAGUGACAUUCUCGAGGCUCUUGACGGGAUCGAUAAGGAUGGAGACGUCAUUCGAUAA